AAAGAUGUCUCUCCGAUUCCUCCUACCGCUUGCAGUUUUUGUCGUGACAACGAAUGCCCAGGCAGAGCCCGGAGAACCCACUCUGCUACAGAAGCUGUAUGAAGCCAGGAGCUUCCGAAGAAACUGGCAAGAGGUCUCCGAAGCGUUCGGGUUGACGCCUUACAAAUGGGUCACUACCUUGCCCACGAACACAAUGGUGAAUGAGACAGCGUAUCUUGCCGGGAGUAAAAAUAUUCUUCUGAUGAAAUCCCGAGACAGGGACCUUAAGAACGAAGGCUUCGACAAAUCCACGACUCUGAUCGACUUCGAAACGGGGAUGGUUGCUUUCCGAACCAAGUUUCCCACCACUGGCGAGCUCCCUGCUUCGAUACAGGGGGCAGGGGAGCAAGCUGAGAUGACUAGAAGGGAGAGGAGAAGAAAACUCAGACAAUUUUUCGCUGGUAGAGAUAAGGCCUGCUUCAUUACAAAUACCGGCGUCACUCUCGCAGAUGCCAAGAUGGAGCUUCAAAAUCGUGUCUUAAACUCACCAGUUUCCACAGGCACGCCCAAACGAUUUGUCGCAGACGAGAUGAAUCGUAUUUCCACUGCGGAACUGGCCAAAUUAAACCAUAAAAUAGCUAAAUUUUGUACAAAAGCCGGGCAGCACAGUAAUAACUUCAGGCUUGUAGCAGAUUCAACAGCAACAACACACAAAGACAGUUUAGUUGUCAUGGGUCAAUUUGACAACACCCAGAGGACAAUGUCUGUACCAUAUGAAAUCCACAUAGAACAGUCCAUUAUCAACGGAAUUCAAACACCCCUAACAACAGUGGAACCGUAGAUGGAGGAUUCUAUGUUUAGAAUUCUAAUAAUGAACUAUAUGUGACAUUAUGCAUGACGGAAUCUCAUCUUCAUAACAACAAAUCGUUUUAAAGUUGCUGAGGUACUGUAGUACCUUGGUUUUCUUUAAUAUCAAUGUCGCUUUGCAUGAUAAAAUAUACCGUUCCUUACAUCAGCUCGACACAGUACGGAACUGACAAUAAUUUUAUGUCAUUGUAGUACAAAUAGCCCUGCAUUCAGAAGUACAUACGCAUUCAUUGUCAUAGCUUUCUCUCUUGUUGACUUCACAUGCCCAUAUUAAAGUCAGCAAAUAAAUCAAU